UUCAAUUCAUCGGCCAACUUUGGACACGUUUUUUGUUUCUUCAAAACUUUUUUUUCAUCAAAAUUCACCAACGAUUUAAGAAAAACAACAGCAAUGAGUUUAUCGGAUCUAAAUAUUUAUUCACCAAAAUCUAAAGAUAUGAAUGUUGAUCGUUCGGCGGCCGUAAAACGUCUGCAAAAAGAAUUAAUGGAAUUAAUGGUUUGUGGUGAUAAAUCAAUAUCAGCAUUUCCUGAUGGUGAAAAUCUUUUCAGAUGGAUCGCAACAAUCGAUGGACCAAAAGAUACUGUUUAUGAUAAAUUAUCCUAUCGAAUGGCAAUAAAAUUUUCAGCACAUUAUCCAUUCAAAGCACCGCAAGUAAAAUUUUUAAAUCAUUGUUUUCAUCCAAACAUUAGUCCAUUGGGUGAUAUUUGUUUGGAUAUUUUGAAAGAAAAUUGGUCAGCAUUAUAUGAUGUUCGUACAAUAUUAUUAUCAAUACAAUCAUUAUUGGGUGAACCAAAUCUAGAUUCACCAUUAGAUCAACAAGCAGCAAAAUUAUGGGGACAAGAUGAUGAUUAUCGUAAAAUUGUUAUGGAAAAAGUUAAACAACAAAUUCAUGAUUAAAUAAUCGAAUCAUCGAAUAAGUAGGAAUUUUUAAUUAUCAAUAUUUAUAAUAAUUUUCUCAUUUUUUAAAAUCAAUUAAUUCACAAUUUAUAAUUAAUAAUUAAUAAUAAUAAUAAUUUUUGAUAAUAAAAUAAAAUAAUUGCUAAAAA